GCCGCCGCCGCGUGACGUACUUCCUGUUUGUUGUUGGAGAAAGGAGAGAAAGGAAAGCGCGAGGAGCCGCUGCGUCGCCACCAGCGCAGCCGUGCCGCACCGUGAGCACCCGUCCGUCCGCCCCGUCCCGCCCGCCGCGUCCUCGUUUGUGACAGGUUCUGACUGAGUUGCCCAGGCAGGUCUUGAGCUGGUCCUCCUGUCUCAGUCUCCAGAGUUUCCCGGAUUACAGGAGUUGUUCUAACAAUCUGUUAAAACAUGGUGGAUUACUAUGAAGUUCUAGGCGUGCAGAGACAUGCCUCACCCGAGGAUAUCAAAAAGGCAUACCGGAAACUUGCACUAAAGUGGCAUCCAGAUAAAAAUCCUGAGAAUAAAGAAGAAGCAGAGAGAAAAUUCAAACAAGUAGCUGAGGCAUAUGAGGUGUUAUCAGAUGCUAAAAAACGGGACAUCUAUGACAAGUAUGGCAAAGAAGGCUUAAAUGGUGGAGGUGGAGGUGGAAGUCAUUUUGACAGUCCAUUUGAGUUUGGCUUCACAUUCCGGAACCCAGAUGAUGUCUUCAGGGACUUUUUUGGUGGAAGGGACCCAUUUUCCUUCGACUUCUUUGGUGUUCUAGGGGACUUCCAUUUUCAGGCUGUAAGGAUUUACAUACAGGAAAAGAAGCUGCACCAUGGCUACUACGUGUACGAGGUGACUGUGCAGCCUCCUGGCGGGUUCGAGGAAGUGGCCAGUGAGGACUUGGAGCCUAGUGAAGAACUAGAGCAGCCCUGUUUUGAGGAGGCAGUGGAAGAUUCUCCAAGUGACGAGAACAGUGAGGUUUUGGAUGUGAUAUCCAGCGAGGAGCUGGACCUCUUUAGUGAAGAAGAGCCAAGCGAAGGCUGUAGCCGGGGCCAGGGUGAACUUCUCAGUGAGGAGUUGGACCUCAUAUCCAGCGAGGAGGAAGCCAGCCCUGGGGACACAGAGGAGUUCAGCGAGGAGUGCGAGGAGCUGCUGAGCGAGGAGGAGCAGUACAGUGGGCCAGAACUUGAGGCACUACUUGUUCAACAAUAAAUUGCAAAAGGAACUGCCCCGUCUCUGCUUUAUAAGAAAGUUUAGUUUAUUUUAAAGUUUAUUCAGAGUGAGAAAAUUUCUUCUAUCACAUUGGUAGUAUACUUGGUCACGUGACCUUUGCUACCUUGGAGAUAUGGUUAAAGAAGGGUGGGUUAUUGAAGCACCGAGUUUCCAGGGGCUCCUGUAACAAAGUACCUCCAACUGAGUGGUUUAACAAACUUCCCUCUCAUAGUGCUGGAGGUCAAGUCCAAGAUGAGGCGUUAGCAGAGCCCAUUCCUCCUGGAGGGGAGGGAGAAGCUGUCCCAGACUGAUUCCAGUCCCCUGUGGCCCCAUAGGGAUGUUGGCUUGUUGGGUGCUUUUCUCCUGUGUCUGCUCAUCCCACUCUGCAGCUACCUGUGUCCACGUUUCCUUUUGACAGUGGCACCAGUUGGACUAGACUCAGACCAAUGACUUCUUGUAACUUGUAUCUGCCAAGACUUAAUUGUGAAUAAGAUACCAUUCGUUGGUUGAAUCUUUUUGAAGGGCCAUAAUUCAACCUGUAAUAGACUUUCUAAGCAGAGUCACUUAGGUUUUUGUCGUAGUCUGUUCAUUUUAGAAACUAGCAGCAGACUUUUUUCACUUUUGUACCAGGGAUUGUAUUCGAUCACAGAGUGACAUUCUCAGCCCUAUUUUGUAUUUUAUUUAGAGACAGGGUCUCACUGAGUUGCUUAGCAUCUCACUUUCUCUGAGGCUGGCUUUGAACUUGUGAUCCUCCUGCCUCAGCCUCUCAGGCCACCAGGAUAAUAGGUAGUCGCCACAGUGCCUGGCUAGCAGCAGACUUUAGAAAAGGCAUGUUAAGAUGGUUUAGUCUUCAUGUGGAUUUAUGAUCAUAGCUGAAGGCACUGCUGUGGUUCACGUGGGAGCAAGUGUCCUUGGAUAUUUACAAAUAUCAUGCAUAUGACACCUACACAAAUGAAGUUUAAGAAAGCUAGAAAGAAAAUUUAAAGUUCAUUUAUAAACAGAUGUUUUUAGGGGUUUUGGUUUUGCAUGUAGCUCAGCGCUUCUCUGCCUGUAACUUCCCAGAUGAGUCCAUUCCUUGGGGAGCUGUUCUGGUGCACACCACAUCUGAGUCUGGUUCAGUGUGUGCUGGGGAGCUGGCCUCUGGGAAUGGCUUGCCCUCGUGCGAUGCAGCAUUCUUACCUGCUUCUGCAUGUGUCUCAAGUGAUUCAGCACAUUGCUUCCUCUGCCCUUCUUCACAAGCAGCGGCUUUCUUGGGAAGGUCAUUUUGAAACUUGUGGUCUUUGCCAUGAGAACCUGGCAUUGGCCACCCCUGCAGCAAGCUUGAGAUGUUCUGUGAGGUUUCAGGUGCUGUUUUUGAAAUGAAGCCAGCAGUCAGCUCUCUGUGGCAUUUCCUGUUUAUCCUUCUAUACCCACCCCACCAAGGAAGGCAUUAGUAUCAGAUCUGUUUGUUUGGUUUUUACGCUGCCCCUUUUGACACGCUACUAGAGAUGGCACAUAGGGGUUUCCACCAAUGAAUGUGCGCUCAUUUUUGGUGUCUAUCUAAAUUGCCCGGGCUGCCUCAAAAUUGGGAUGCUCCUGCCUCAUUCUGUGUAGCUGGAGUUCUAUAGGCAUGCAUUACUGUGUGCCUGAUUCAUAAGCUUUUAAUGUUUGUUGUGGACCACCUAAAGGUUCAGAGAGCCAUACCCUUACCUGCAUACAGAAGUUGUCCCCUGGUUUAGAUUCAGGCUUUGUAGGAACAGUGUUGGGGGCAGUGUCUUUUGUAGAGCUCUUAAUCCCCCUGUGGCAGAAGUAACAUGAUGUCAUCUUUAAGCAGGAGCAGAAGGGCAUGCAAGAAUCUGCUGUCCUCUCAGGUUCCUACUGGUAGGGUAUGGGUCCAGUGGCCAUGUCUCUGAUACCAUCUUGGAUCAAAUCAGCACCCCAAAUGUAGAAGGUUUGAGAUGGUCACCUCCUAAACGAGAACAAGAGAACUUCUAUCACAUAGGAAGGGUGUUUUUUUUUCCCUUGGUGUUGGGGGGACCAGGAAUUGAAUUCAGGAGCACUCAACCAUUGAGCUACCUCCGCAUCCUAUUUUGUAUAUUAUUUAGAGACAGAGUCUCACUGAAUUGCUUAGUGCCUCGCCAUUGCUGAGGCUGGCUCAGAGUUCCUGAUCUUUCUGUCUCAGCCUCCUGAGCUGCUGGGAUCACAGGUGUGUGCCACUACAUCUGACCCCCAGCCUGUCUUUUAUUUUAGUUUUGGGAGUCUGGCUCUUAAACUAGGAUCCUCUUGCCAAGCUGCUUUGAUUAUAGGUGUGGACCACUGUGUCCGGCUCACAUAACAAAUUUUCACUGUAGCUGUCACAUUUCUUGUCCAGGUUGUCAAUCUGUUCUGUGGGGACACCCAGGUGGAGUGCAGCUGGCAUGCUGGCACUGACAGCUGGUGGCACAAGUAGAAUGCACAGAUCUUAUCUGGAUUAUAUGAAAGUUUUAUCCUCUGGCAAAAGCAUGACAUGUUACUAGAUUUAGUUGAGGGUUAUAGUUUAAGUUUUCUUUCAAGUAUUAGAGCAAGUGGGACAUUCAGAUCUCUUUACAUGGAAGCUCAUACCUGAACUUCCUAUGGGGUGACGACUGCUGUGGAAGGUGGGAACUACAUCAUCAAUCAGUGGGUUUAACCUCUUGUUAACUGUAGAAGCUCCUCCCACUCCUUUGCCUGGUGCAGGGUUUGGUAGCACCACUAUCCACUCCCAACCCGUGCCUGGCCUGGUCCAUGCCAUGGUGGACGUGUUCACAUGCCCUGUUGCAUAUUCUGCCUCCCCUUCUUCUGGCCUCUUUAGCUCUUAGAACCAGCAAACAGUGCCCACUUUUCUGCAUGCAGGACUUUAAACUCUGUAUUCCUGAGCUUACCUUUAGGUGGAGCUGACUGGGCAUUCCUUGUUCAGAAUAGUUCUGGGUGUUUUGUUUUUUUUUUUUCUUUUUGUACCAGAGAUUGAACCUGGGAUGAUUAAGUACCAAGCCAUGUCCCCAGCCCUUUUUAUUUUUUAAGACGGGGCUUUGCUAAAUUGCCGAUGUUGCUUUCGAACUGGUGGCUUAUGCCUCAUUCUGCAGUGAUCAGCUGGGAUUACAGGUGUGUGCCACCACACCCAGCCAGAAUAUUCUUAAGGUCGUGUGUGUGUGUGUGUGUAUGUGUGUGUGUGUGUACACCCAGGAUUAAACCCAGGGGCCCUUAAUCACUGAGUCAUAUCCCUAGCUUUUUUUAUAUUUAUAGUCUCCCUUGAGUUGCUUAGCACCUUGCUGAGGCUGGCUUUGAACCCGUGACUCUCCUGCCUCAGCCUCCCUAGCAGCUGGGAUUACAGGCAUGUCCGGCUUAGUGUAUCCGUCUGUCACUUGCCUGUUCCCAUCUGUCCUUGAGCUUCCUCAGUGUCUGCUUCUCUCCAUCUCUAGACCUCCCUAGGGUAUUGCUUCUCCCCUUUCCAGUUGCUGCAGCUUUUCUUGGGCCUAGUUGACUUAUAAACCUGCGUCGUUCCUGAGUCAUUGGCUGGCUGUGUGCAGUGGUGGGCAUGCUGUCACAUUUUUGACUCUUGGCAUACGCGCUUCCUGGUUUGCCCUCUCUUGCCCUCUGGCUUGGAUGCAUGCCACACUAAUUAUGUUGUUCUGUGUUCUGGAUGGAUUCUGUCUACAUGCAUUCAUGUUUAUCAGGAAUACUUGUUUUUAUUCCUUGUACAUUUUCCAUUUUUCUGGAAGAAAAACACAGUACUUUAUCACUGAGAACCCAGCUAAAUUACGAAGUAGUAUGUAUAAAUUGUGUUUUCAGUGAAGCUGUCCUUGAUUACCACUGCAAAGAAAAACUUUCGGAGCUCAUCUUCUAAAGGUUGUGUUGUGGAGCUGGGGUUGUAGCUGAGUGGAACACUGGGUUAGCACAUGUGAGACACUGGGUUUCGAUCCUCAUCACAAGAUAAAAAAAUAACAAAAUAAGGAUAUUGUCAAUCUGCAAAUAAAAAAUGCAUCGCUGGAUUUAGGGUAAAUUAUUCAUUCUUAAUUUGUCAAUACACGUUUUAUUUUUAUUUUUUCCACUGUAAACACAUUUAAUUGUCCUUUUCAACAGAAGUAUCUUAGUAAGGCUUACUGCAGCAUUUCCUUAAUCUUCAUGUUUUUCUUUUCUUUAAGUAGACUUACUAUGCAUGUGUUUAAAUGAUAAGACAAUUUGUCUAUACUGUGUAGAAAAUCACCUUCUUACUUCAUAAAGCUGACAGAUUAGAAUACUGCAAUUUUAAAUUAAUGAUCUGUAUACUUUUUUCUAACCUGAACUUAUGUAGAGAUUAUUAAAAGUUUUAAAAACAUAACUGAUUAUAAGCAUUUUAUUACUGUUUUGAUUUUUUUUUUUUAUUAAAAUGCCUAUUUCUAUUCUAAUCCUAUUUCUAAAGCUGAGCAAGCUGGUUGAAUCUUUAUUUCCUUAACGGUAUUUGUAAGAUACAGCUUCAUAAUGCCCUGUAAACAAUGCAUAAAUGUAGUUUGAUACAUGUUUUUGCAUUUGAAAAUAUUGUGUAUUGCAAGUGGUUUUACACAAAAUACUGAGUAGUAAAAAUUUUACAAUUACAAUAAUGUAAUUCAAAGUUUUAACCAAAGAAAAAGUAAAUGGCACAAGUUGAGCAGUCAGUCUUCUGGGAUGUUUGUAAUAAUAUAACCUGAUGACUUUGUAAUUUUCUGCAUAAAUAAUUUUCAUUUUUUUCCCUUCAUUAAGACAAAUUUUCUGAACCUCCCUCUCUUUCAAUUUCUAUUUCUUGUUUAAAACCAGGUAUUAACUGUCUUGCUUUCCAUACCUUUGCUUUAUCAAGUUUUGCAAAAAAUAGUUUAUUUCUUGCUCUCCUGAAAAUUCUUGGUUUUGAUUAGAAGUCUAAAAAAAAAAAAAAACCUGUAAUUCAAGCAGCUUGGGAGUCUGAGACAGCAGGAUUGUAAGUUCAAAGCCAGCCUCAUCAAUAGCAAGGUGCUAAGCAAAUCAAGGAGACCAUAUUUCAAUAAAGAGUAGGUUUCUAUAGGUCUCUAACACCACAUCUCCAUAUAAUGUCUGCUGAGAAGGGUCCAGGCAUUUCCAUUGUCUUCAGAAAAAUCAAUGACCACAUCCCUUAAUGUCAGUGGUUUCAUUUCCUGGCUUUUGGUAUGCUAACUUUUUUCCCUGAUAGUUUUUUUCAGCUCCUGUGUAGUGCAGAAACCAGGAACUCUUGACCUAGGUUUGGAAGCAUAGAAAUAAAUUCAAAGAAUCUACACGUCUUAUUUUUGAUUUUUGGAGCAUUUUGGUAUUUGAGCUAUCAAUGAGAUACCCACUGAUGUCUAUAAUUUUCUACUAAAAUUGCUUCAAUCACAGUGUAAUGUUUGACAGUUAACACUGGUUUAGAUUGUACUUAAACUAAUAACUUAAAAAAAUCGUUUUUGAAACAUCAUCUUACAGAAACGUGAAAGGUGUUCUUGGGCUUCUUGGCUAGAUUCGUGGGCUACUUAAACAUUGCCUACUUGGUGCCCCAUUCUGAGUUUAUAAUGCUCCAGUAGUUCAUGUUGUGUCUUAAUUCCCUGAAGAAGGCAGCUUGGGUUCACUGGGUACAGCUACCUGUGUGUGAAAUCAGGUCUCGUCGCCAGGAGCAGUGUCCCAUUAGGACACUAAGCUAAAGGCAGCAGGCAGCUCUGGUGAAAUGCGGGGCAGUCCUGAGUUUGUGUGUGUGCACGCGUGCAUUUUUGGUCUGUGUCGAAUGUUUACCUUGUUAUGUGCCUUUACUUGAAUUAAGGUAGUGAGAAAGUAUCUCAUGAUAAGGCCUGGUUAUACUACUUGUUUUAUUUCUUCUCCAAAUCUAUUGGUAAGUUAAGGCUUUAAUCUCUUUUCCUCCUCCCAUGAAAAAAAAAAUCUAAAAGAUUUAUACAAUACACCUUUCU